AUGAAAUGGAAGACAAAGAUCAGUGGAGAAAGCCCUUACACCUGCCAACAUUGCGGAAAAGUUUUCCGUAAAAACACAAACCUUAAAUGCCACAUGAGAAUUCACACUGGAGAGAAGCCAUUCAGCUGCCAACAGUGUGGAAAUAGUUUCACUCAAAAAGGAACCCUUAACAGGCACAUGAGAAUUCACACCGGAGAGAAGCCUUACUCAUGCCAACUGUGCGAAAAAAGCUUUACAGCAGAAGUAAACCUUAAGUAUCACAUGAACAGUCACACAGGAGUUAAGCCGUUCAGAUGUGAACAAUGUGGAAAGUUUUUCAAACGUAAGAAAACUCUUACUUCCCACAUGAAAAUGCACUUAAAAGAGAACUGUUAUACAUGUCAUCAGUGUGGAAUGACUUUCCGGGACAUCAAACACCUUAACAGACACAUGAGAAUUCACACUGGAGAAAAACCUUACACCUGCCAUCACUGUGGAAAGAGUUUCAGACAUAGCGUAAGCCUCAAGACUCACAUGAGACUUCACACUGGAGAGAAGCCUUACACAUGCUCUCAGUGCGGAAAUAGUUUCAAAUAUAAAGCAACCUUCAAUGCUCAUAUGAGAGGUCACACUGGAGAGUGCCCUCACAGAUGCAAACUAUGCGGGAAUAGCUUCUCACAAAAAGGAAAUCUUAAGACUCACAUGAGAGUUCACACUGGAGAGAAGCCAUUCAUAUGCGCUCAGUGUGGAAAAUCUUUCACACGAAAAGAAAGCCUUAAUUACCACAUGAGAAUUCAUUCCAGAGAGAAUGGUUUUCAAUGUCUUGAGUGUGGAAAGUGUUUCCCAGAUAAGAAAAACCUCAAGAGGCAUGUAAUAAUUCACACCGGUGAGAAGCCUUUCAUUUGCCAUCACUGUGGAAAGAGUUGUAGAUUUAAAGGAAACCUUAAAACUCACAUGAAAAUUCACACGGGAGAGAAACCUUUCAUUUGUUCUCAGUGUGGAAAAGGUUUCACAUUUAAAGGAAACCUUGAAGUUCACAUGAGAGUACACACUAGAGAGAGACCUUUUAAAUGUGUUCAGUGUAAGAGGAGUUACACUUAUCAAAAAGACCUGAACCGUCAUUUGCAAACUCAUUCUGGAAAGACAUUGCCUUGUUCUGAUUGUGGGAAGCAGUUUAUAAAAGGGAGCAAUUUGAAAAAUCACCAGUGCAUUCACUUUAAAGAAAGGUUUAAUUGUAAUCAUUGUAACAAAAUGUUUAUUUUGAUUUCACACUUGCAGAUUCAUCAGAAAAUUCAUGCUGAUGUAAGACGUUAUUUGUGUUCUGUGUGUGGGAAGAGAUUUAAAUGGCUCGGCAGUUUAAAAUGUCACCAGAAAAUGCGCGUCUGUGUGAAAUCAAGGCUACGUUCACAUCGUGAACAAAGAUAAUUACUUUGGUGAGGCUGUUCACUUAAUAUUUUAAAUGUGGCCC